AUAAGAGUGAGCGAGCCGAGAAUGUCAGUUAAAUACAACAGAAGUAACUGAUAUGUCGCAUCUAAAUCUGAAUUAACUUUAUCUCUGAUUUAAGGUUAAGUUUAAGACUGUUUUAUUAUUUUAUUGCGAACUCCUUGUGAUAGUGUCGGUUUUGUUAUACUCUGUCUGUUAGUUAUUCAAAAAGUGCAACACUAUGGUACACCAAAAUAUUCAGAUUGGAUUAAACUAUGAGCAGAGUGAUGGGAACCCAGAUGAACCAGAUAAGGUGAAUGGAGAUGGAGAGGUGACGCGAGAAGGAAACGUGACAUACGGCAUCGACGACCUGCCGCCCUGGUACCUCUGCAUCUUCAUGGCUUUGCAGCACUACUUGACAAUGAUCGGCGCGAUAGUAGCUAUCCCAUUCAUCUUGUGCCCAGCCCUGUGUAUGCGGGAAACGGAUCCCGACAGAUCAAACAUAAUAUCCACCAUGAUAUUUGUCACUGGACUGGUCACUUGGCUACAGGCAACAUUCGGAUGUCGACUACCUAUAGUGCAAGGGGGCACUAUAUCCUUUCUGGUACCUACAUUGGCGAUACUAGGGUUGCCGGCGUGGCAGUGUCCGGCGCCGGAAGUGCUCGAAGCGAUGUCGGACGGCGAGCGGCGCGCCGUGUGGACCAGCCGGAUGUGUGAGCUAUCCGGCGCCAUCGCUGUGUCGGCUAUACUGCAGAUGGUUUUUGGUUUUUUCGGCAUUUUCGGGCAACUGCUUCGUUACGUGACCCCCCUGACGAUUGCCCCGACGGUAGCGUUGGUGGGUUUGACGCUGUUCGACCACGCGGCGGAGGCGGCGGCCCAGCAGUGGGGUAUCGCGGCUGGCACAUUCAUUCUGCUGACGAUAUUUUCACAAUGCAUGGGUGAGGUGAAGAUUCCAACGCUGGCUUGGCAGAAUGGCAGAGGGUUUGCCUUAACUUGGUUCCCUCUCUUCAAACUUUUUCCUGUUCUGCUAACUAUAGCGAUUAUGUGGGCGGUUUGCGGCAUUCUGACUGUAACAGAGGUGUUUCCCCCAGAGCACCCUGCCAGGACUGACAUCAAGCUGAACAUCGUACAGGAUGCGCCGUGGUUUCGGGUGCCUUAUCCAGGUCAAUGGGGAGCACCCACCGUAAGUGUGGCCGGAGUGCUCGGUAUGCUGGCUGGUGUGCUUGCUUGCACGGUGGAGUCCAUCAGCUACUACCCUACUACGGCACGCAUGUGUGCGGCCCCACCGCCUCCUCUUCAUGCCAUCAACCGUGGUCUCGGUACUGAAGGUCUGGGCACAAUACUAGCUGGUCUUUGGGGUUCUGGCAACGGCACCAACACUUUCGGGGAGAACGUUGGCGCCAUUGGAGUCACGAAGGUAGGGUCACGGCGCGUAGUACAAUGGGCCGCGGCUCUGAUGAUACUCCAAGGUGUGGUCGGGAAGAUGUGUGCAGUCUUCAUCAUCAUCCCGCAGCCCGUCAUUGGAGGCUUGUUCUGUGUCAUGUUCGGCAUGAUAUCAGCUUUCGGUCUGUCCGCCCUCCAAUACGUGGACCUAAACAGCUCCCGCAACUUGUACAUCAUCGGGUUCAGCCUGUUUUUCCCGCUGGUGCUGACCAGGUGGAUGGCUGCCAACACUGGCGUCAUAAAGACCGGGGUGGAAGCUCUGGAUGCCGUGCUGCAAGUGCUUUUAUCAACCUCCAUACUGGUCGGUGGCAUCGUUGGGUGCUUGCUUGAUAAUCUGAUACCGGGUACUGAUGAGGAGCGCGGACUGGAUGCGUGGGCGCAGCAAAUGUCCCUGGAUGCCGCCGGCGCAACAGACGGUGGAGACACCUAUGAUUUCCCUGUUGGCAUGACAUACAUUCGCAGAUGGCAAUGGACCAGCUAUCUACCAUUCAUGCCGACGUACAAGGCUGGCAAGUUCACCGCACUGUUCCGCAAGAAGGCGAGCUGAUGGCUGUUCUACCAUCAAGUGACGUCACAACCGAACAGCUGGUGGCUGGUUAUCGCUACCAUAAGGGUUAUUGACCGAUGACGUAGAUGUUGUUUACAAAAUAUAACAUGUUUAAAAUAUAUAUUCUGACGACGUAGCCUGUAAAGGCUAUGAAACGUCAAUAAAUAAAUAAAUAAAGUUUUCGUGCAUUAACCCGUAA